GGGACACCGAUGAGGGACUUUGCCCCAACAUCCCUGGCCCAGAGCUCAGCGCUGCUCCCGGGACUCGGCGAUGGCACAGAGCAGGACCCGGCGCCGCGUGCGGUGUAGCACGGCCACGCUCAGCUAUCGAUGCCGAGCUCCAGCGUGGCAACGGGACACAGGCAAUGUCCCCACCCUGGUCACCCUUUGUCCCUUCCAGAGCCCCCGACCUGGCGGGCAGCCCAGCUCCGGCUCAGCCUGGCGGGAUGGGGACACCGCACCGGUGGCCGUCCCGGUGCCAGCGACGCGUUUAGGAUGGGAUUAGAGAGGUGAUGGCCGGGACGGGGAAGGGCAGGUGGGGAGCCCUGUCGCGACGCUGGCCACAGGUUGCCCCAUGGUGGCCCACGUGCCGCCUCCUGCCGCGGGGCUGCGCACAGCGUGGCAUGGCACAGCUUGGCACAGCAUGGCACAGCUUGGCACAGCAUGGCACAGCACGCCAUCGCUCGGGGUGGCAUGACUUGGCAGGGUAUGGCGUGAUGUAGCAAGGCUCAGCGCGGCACGGCUUGGUGUAGCAUGGCUUGGCACAACGUGGAACGGCUUAGCAUAGCAUGGCUUGGAUUGGUUUGGUUUGGCACGGCAUGGCUUGGCAGGGUAUGACGUGGCAGGGCUCCGCAUGGCACACCUUGGCACAACAUGGAAUGGCUUAGCACGGCAUAAGUUGGCACAGCAUGCUUUGGCAGGGUAUGAUGUGGUGUGGCAGGGCAGGGCUCAGCAUGGCAUGGCUUGGCACAACAUGGCAUGGCUUGGCAAGACGUGGCUUGGCUUUGCUUGGCACGGCAUGACUUGGCGGGGCAUGGUGUGGUAAGGCAGGGCAGGGCUCAGCGUGGCACAGCUUGGUAUAGCAUGGCUUGGCAAGACUUGGCUUGACAGGGUAUGACGUGGCAAGGCUCAGCAUGGUUUGGCUUGGCACGGCAUGGCUUGGCACGGCAUGGCUUGGCAUGGCAUGGUGUGGUGUGGAAAGGCAGGGCAAGGCUCGGCAUGGCUUGGCAGGGUAUGAUGCAGCGUGGCAGGACUCGGCACAGCCCAAGGUGGCUCAGCCCAGCACUGCGAAUGCUCCGGGCCGUGUCCCCCCCCUUUGCCCCCUCCCUUGUUCCUCCCUGCUCGCUCAGUUAUCCCUCAACCCCUUUACCCACCUCCGGACUACAACUCCCGGCAUCCCUCGCGCCGCGCGCGGACUACAACUCCCAUCACCCCCCGCGCCCCACGCUGCCAUUGGUCGCUUAGUGACGCCCCUCCUCCUGCUUCCCAUUGGCGGUCGCCAUGGCAACGCGCGGGGCGGGGCGGGAUGGUCCCUCCGGGCAUCGCACGUUUGUUUGCAGCCGCCGGGGCCGGAGCGGGGCGGCGGGGACGGGGACAGCGGCACCGGAUCGAGCCGUACCGAACCGUGCCGAGCCGGGUAUGAGGAGCCUUGUGGCUCGGAGCCGCCAGCCCGCCCCGCUCGGGGCCGGGGUGCGGGCAUCCCGGUGCCUCCCGCCGGUUCUCGGGAGCUGAAGGCGCCGCCCCCGCGCUCGGUCCCCGCCGGAGGGAUCCCUGUGCUAUGCGGUGGUGGCUGCGUGCCGCCGUCCUCAGCCUGCUCGCCCGAGCGGAAGGCAACGGCCAGAGCGAGCCCCGGGCCGUGGUGGGGCGAGUCGGGGAGAGCGUGGUGCUGGGCUGCAGCCUCCUGGGCGCCCAUGAGGCCCGUCCUCCGCUCUACGUGAUCGAGUGGGUCCGCUUCGGCUUCGUCCUCCCCAUCUUCAUCAAGUUUGGGCUCUACUCACCGCGUGUGGACCCAGAGUACAUCGGUCGCGUGCGGAUUGAAGAAGGCGCCUCGCUGCGCAUCGACCUCCUGCGUGCCGAGGACCAAGGCUGGUACGAGUGCCGCGUGCUGUUCCUCGACCGGCACAGUGCUGACGCUGACUUCCAGAACGGCACUUGGAUCCACCUCACUGUCAACGCACCCCCCACCUUUCUGGAGACCCCCCCUGCAUUCGUGGAGGUGCGGGACCAGGACACGCUGAGCCUUACUUGCACGGCUGUUGGCAACCCCCAACCUGUUGUGGUCUGGAAGAGGAGCGACGUGGCUGUCGAGAGCGGGGACACAGUGCAGGUGAGGAACGGGACUUUGAGCAUUGCCGUCGUGGAGCGCGCCAGCGCGGGCACCUACACCUGCCACGCUUCCAGCAAGGAAGGCACCGUCACCCACACCACCCGCGUGCUCGUGCAGGGGCCACCCGUCAUCGUGGUGCCACCUCAGAACAUCACCGUCAACAUCUCCCAAGAUGCCUUUCUGGCGUGCCAGGCUGAGGCGUACCCAGGAAACCUCACCUACUCCUGGUUCCAGGGCAGCACCAAUGUCUUCCACCUCAGCCGCCUCCGUGCUCGGGUCCGCGUUCUGGUGGACGGGAGUCUCUUGCUCCAGCGAACAACCCCGGACGAUGCCGGCAAAUACACCUGCAACCCCAGCAACGGGCUGUGGAAGCCGCCUUCUGCCUCAGCCUUCGUCACAGUGCUGUAUCCAGCACAGGUGACCACUAUGCCCCCUGAGACCCACCUCCCCAAGGGGAUGCAGGGUGUGAUCCGCUGCCCCACCAGGGCCAACCCCCCUCUGCUCUCCGUCAGCUGGACAAGGGAUGGACGCCCGCUGGAGUUGGGCAAGCUCCCUGGCUGGUCCUUGAGGCCAGACGGCUCCAUCGUCAUUGCGACGGGGAACGAUGAUGCGCUGGGAGUGUACACGUGUACCCCGUACAACAGCUACGGCACAGCCGGCGAGUCCCGGCCCACGCGUGUCCUGCUGAAGGACCCCCCAGCCUUCACGGUGCGCCCCAAGGAGGAAUACUUCCAAGAGGUGGGCCGGGAGCUGGUGAUCCCCUGUGCAGCCAACGGAGAUCCCCCACCCACUGUCACCUGGCUGAAGGUGGGCAGCACAGGGAAGAGCGGUGCCCAGGUGGAUGGGAACAGCAGCCUUGUCUUCCGCCCCCUCAUCAAGGAGCAGCACGGGAUCUGGGAGUGCACGGCCACCAACCAGGUGGCCAAUGUCAGCACCGCCACCUCCGUCCACGUGCUGGGUGAGUCCUGGGUCUGCAGAGGUCCGGCGUUGUCUGCGGGUGCUGGGUUGUCCCAGGGUGGACAAUGCCGACCCCACCUGUGCCGGAAGGGCUGGACAAGAGCCACGCAGGGGCAUUUCCAAGCCACCCAAUCCAAUAGGUCUUCUUCAUGCUUCUCCUGCCAGGUACCAGCCCUCACGCUGUCACCAAUGUCUCUGUGCUGCCGCUCUUGUUGGCAGCCAACAUCUCCUGGGAGCCGGGAUUUGACGGAGGUUAUUUCCAGAGGUUCAGCGUCUGGUACACGCCGCUGUGAGUCCCCGCGGGCACAGUCUGGUCCUCCCCCACCUCUUCUGCCCUCGGCUCUGGACUCACGAGUCCCACAUCUCCUCAGGACGAAGCAUCCGCACCGCGCCCAUCAUGACUGGGUGUCGCUCUCGGUGCCGGUGGGGGCUCAGCACCUCUUGGUGGAGAAUCUGCAGCCAGACAUGAGCUACCAGUUCAGCGUCCUGGCCCAGAACAAGCUGGGCAGCGGCCCCUUCAGCCAGAUUGUCACCUCCGUGCCCAGGGGUAAGAGGGGUCCCCGCACUCCCCAAAGCAGCCCCUGUCCCUCCAGAGCCUUCGAGCUCCUGGGAGGCUCCUGGUUGUGCCUUGCUCUUCUCCCCACACCAGCAUCCUCUUUCUCCUCAGGCUUCCCAGUGACCACAGUGCCUCCAGAGCCACCGGCCAUGACCAUGCGCGUCUUCCUGUCCCCGCCGCAGGCUCUGACCGCCAACGAGACUGUGCGUGGGGUCCUGCUGCAGUGGGAGCCCCCGGCCCAGUUCUCGGUGGCGCUGAGCGGCUACGCGCUGGAGCUACGGCAGGACAAGGGCGGCUGGGAGGUGCUGGACCGCUCCAUCCCCAGCACGAACACCCAGGUCCUCGUGCCAGGACUCAUCAAGGACGCCUUCUAUGAGUUCCGACUGGUGGCCUUUGCUGGCAGCUACAUCAGCGACCCCAGCAAUACGGUGAACGUCUCCACAGCAGGCAUGGAGGUGUAUCCAUCCCGUACCCAGCUCCCGGAGCUCCUGCCGCAGCCGGUGCUGGCCGGGGUCAUCGGGGGGAUCUGCUUCCUCAGCGUGGCUGUCAUCUUCAGCACGAUGGCCGCCUGCAUCAUGAACCGCCGGCGUGCCACCCGCAUCCAGAAGCGACGGCAAGAUCCACCACUCGUCUUCUCCCCCAGCAAGAAGGUUCCACCUCCACACAAUUCUCAUGGCUCUGGUAGCCCAGACAGCUCCAUGAAGCUGAAGCUGCAGCCGUCCCCGUGCCGGAGCCUGCGCCGGACGCUGCUUUGGGGUGAGAAAGCUGGCACCAGCCUGGGUCUCAGCAUCGCCGGGGCCGGCUCCCGGUACGCCAUGUAUGAGAGCCACAUUGGGGAGCACGUCCCGCUGGAGCGGAUUUGCCGCGGCCCCGACGGCCGUUUCGUGGUGGAAACCACCACGCAGCCGCAGGAGAGCAGCUUAGCGGUGCUGCCCUACGCCGAAGCGGAGCCGUACCCACAGCGGGAUGCCCUGGCAACGCCGCCUGAGCCCUACCUCCAGCUGCCCACGGAGGAGGAGGAGGAGGAGGAGGAGGAAGAGGAGCCCAUCUGGCGCAAGGAGGAGGUCUCGCUGCGGCACCCCAGACGAGGAGCCCGGGCUGCCGGCCACCGCCAAGGCCGUUAUUUCGGCUACGGCAGCAGCAGCCCCGUGGAUGAGGCGUCUGCGUUGUGCAUCAUCAACAUCAGCCCCGUGGCCUCGGCCACCACUCUGCCUUACAGCACCGUGGAGGAGCUGCGCCGCAGCGCCGGCAGCGCCGAGCCCUGCCCGAGCCCUGCCAGCGCCCUGUGGGACUCGCUGCCCCUCGAGGGCUCCCCGCGGCCGCCCCUUGUCCCCUCGGCCUCCCCCAGCCCCGCCGUGCAGAGCGGGAUCCUCCAAUACCUGAGCCUGCCCUUCUUCAAGGAGAUGUGCGUGGAUGGCGACGACGAUGAGCCGGUUGAGCCAAACCUCGCCAGCGGGCAGCCGGAGCCCACUGCCAGCCCCCCGCCCACGGCGUUUGGGGGCUCCCCGCAGCGCACGGGGCGGACGCUGUGCCCGGACUGCAUUGACACAUGUGCCAACGCCACUUGCACCGCUUUCCUCCAGCCGCCGCGGCUGCCGGUGGGUCCUGCCAAGGCAUCGCUGCCCGGCACCGCCGCCUGGUCCGGCACGCCGAGCCUUGGCGCCGGCUCGCAGCCCCCCGCCCAGCCGGCUCACCGCGCACCCGCCGGUGGCAGGACUGAGGCUGUGCCCUCGGCGGGCACCGCGGAGCCUGGCUGGGCACCGGGCAAGGUGACGGAUCCUGCCGCGCCGGAGAAGCUGCCGCGGGGCAGUUUGACCAGCCAGAGCAGCGGCCGGGGCAGUGCCUCCUUCCUGCGGCCGCCGUCGCUGGCACCGUCGCUGGGGGGCAACUGCCUGGGGCCCCCCCUGGGCGAUGGGGGCAGCUGGCACAGCAGCGGCUCCGGGCUGGAGGAGGGCAGGGCAAGGGCCGAGCCGGCUCUCGGCGCUGCUGGAAAGAGGAGGAACACCUCGGUGGAUGAGAACUACGAGUGGGACGCUGAUUUUGCCCUGGAGUCGGACAUCCUCGAGGCUCUACAGCUCUACCGUCGCAGGGACACGGCACGACCGGUCUCCACCAUCGCCCUGCGCGACCUGGAGCGGCAAAAGCCCGGCAGCCGUUCCUCCCCGGUGAGCUCGGUGUCGGCGGAGGCGUUGGCAGCGGGCGCGCAGCCGGAACGUUCCAGGGCUCCUCGCCAGGAGCUGGCGGCUUCCAGGCGCCGCAGGGAGGUGGCCCAGCAGCGGCGGCAGCGCCUCGGCCCCCGCGGGUGCGCCGAGCGCUUCGAGCUGGCCACGUUGCUUUAGGGGCCCCCGGGAGGAUGCUGGGGCGCAAUAAAGAGGUGUGAGAGCAGCACCGGCUCCGGUGGAGGGGGGGGGGGGGGGGCAGGAG